CUGUUCCACGGCCGCUGCUCGCCGGCUUUGGUGUAGUCUCCGUUCCCCUUCGAGUCUGCUUUCGGGAAGAUGGCAACGAAGAAGCUGGGAUCUCGGUUAGAGACCGAAAUCGAGCGGUGCCGCUCCGAGGGACAAUGGGACCGGAUUCCGGAUCUGGCCAAACAGCUGUCAGCAAAGCCCAUUGCAAACGAUGAUUUAGCUGAGUUGCUGCUGGGUGAAGCCAAGCUUCAGCAAUAUUUGAAGGAAAAUCCUAUAAAACUGGGAGCAAGUCCUCAUGGGACCAAACCAAGGCUUGUGGAGGUCCGGAAGCAUCUGGUAGCUGCUCUUGACAGAGGGAACCUAAAGCCUGAAUAUAUGCAAGAAGCCAAUUUGUUGCUUGCGAAGUUAAACUACAUUGAAGGAGAAUACAGGGAUGCCCUCAGCAUUUACUCCAAAGCCGCUCUUGAUGACCUCCAACUUGUUGGCAUUCCAGUGUAUAGAUUGUCCAUGAUUGCUGAAGCGUAUGCAACUAAGGGGUUGUGCCUAGAAAAAGUGUCAUCGUUGUCACCGGCCAACAGUCGGCACAAGGAUGAAGAGCAGGAAAUCAUUACUUGUUAUGAGAAGUCAGGUGACAUUGCACUGCUGUACCUACAGGAAGUAGAGAAGGCCUUGAGCACCGGAAUGCAGAAUCGUAGUCCAAAGUCUGGCCCUGCUUCACAAGAGCAAGAACUUGGCUUUUUCUUGGAAACUGGACUUCAAAGGGCGCAUGUCAUUUACUUCAAAAAUGGAAAUUUGACCAGAGGCAUUGGUAGAUUCAGAGAAAUUCUGAGAGCUGUUGAGACAAGAACUACACAGAACCUGAGGAUGACCAUUGCCAGGCAGUUGGCAGAAAUUUUAUUGAGAGGUAUGUGUGAACAGAGCUACUGGAAUCCCCUGGAGGACCCCCCUCAUCAUUCUCCACUUGAUGAUCCUCUAAGGCAAACAUCAAACACUAAAGAUUAUGCUCUUAGUAGGAGACCAAAGGUGUAUUCUGGAGAAAACAUAUUUUGUCCUCAGGAGAACACAGAGGAAGCAUUGCUUCUGCUCCUAAUUAGUGAAUCUAUGGCUAACAGAGAUGCUGUGUUAAGCAGAAUACCAGAGCAUAACAAUGAUCGCAUUAUUAGUUUACAGAGUGCAUCUAUUGUGUAUGAUCUCUUAACAAUAGCACUCGGUAGAAGAGGGCAAUAUGAAAUGCUGUCAGAGUGUCUUGAAAGAGCAAUGAAGUUUGUAUUUGAAGAGUUUCAUCUUUGGUACCAGUUUGCCUUGUCAUUGAUGGCUGCAGGUAAGUCAGCACGUGCAGUGAGAGUUCUUAAAGAAUGCAUUCGACUAAAGCCUGAUGACCCAACUAUUCCCCUUUUGGCUGUUAAGUUGUGUAUUGGAACAUUACAUUGGCUGGAAGAGGGAGAGCGAUUUGCAAAAUUGGUUAUUGAUAUGGGAGAAAAGGCUUCAGAGUUUAGAGCCAAGGGCUACUUAGCUAUUGGACUUGUGUAUAGUCUAAGAGCAACCGACGCAUCAUUGCGUGGGGUACAGGAAGAAUAUCAAAGGAAAGCUCUUGGUGCUUUUCAGAGGGCGCAGAGUUUAUCUCCAACAGACCAUCUUGCUGCCUUCUAUUUGGCUCUACAACUUGCAGUUUCUAGACAGAUUCCUGAGGCUUUAGGAUAUGUACGUCAAGCCCUCCAGCUUCAAGGAGAUGAUGUACACUCCUUGCAUCUUCUAGCUCUUCUGCUUUCUGCACAGAAGCACUACCACGAUGCCCUAAACAUUAUAGAAAUGGCCCUUGGAGAAUAUCCAGAGAAUUUCAUAUUAUUGUUUACCAAAGUGAAGCUGGAAUCAAUCUGUAGAGGUCCUGAUGAAGCACUGCUGACAUGCAAACAUAUGCUGCAGAUCUGGAAAUCUUGCUAUAAUCUUACCAACCCCAGUGAUUCUGGACGGGGUAGCAGCUUGUUAGACAGAACUGUAGCAGACAGAAGACAGCUUAACACCAUGACAUUGCCGGACUUCAGUGAUCCAGAAACAGGCAACCCUCCAGAUGCUUACUUUCAUGGUUUUUACUCCCUUUUUUCAGUUUGUUCGGUUCAUGCCACUUCUAUUGCUGCUUCACGAGUGGAGCAGGCCUUGUCUGAAGUUGCAUCUUCAUUGCAAAGCAGUGCUCCAAAGCAAGGGCCUCUUCAUCCUUGGAUGACUCUUGCACAGAUCUGGCUUCAUGCAGAACUAAUUCCAGUAGGGCUAAGAACUGCAAUUGAUGGCAAGUUGUUCAGAUCCAUAGAGAAAAAGGCAGACUCAAACCUUAACAUUCCUGUCACCAUGCUUGACUGUUGCACAAGUUACAACACUAAGAGAAAUAGAGACAAAACCUGGUUCAAUAGAGGCCUGAUCCUGCACCAGUUGGGGCGCUACAGUUUGGCUGAAAAGAUUUUGCGAGAUGCGGUGCAGGUGAACUCCACAGCCCACGAUGUCUGGAACUGUCUGGGUGAGGUCCUCCAGGCCCAAGGAAAUGACGAUGCUGCCACUGAAUGCUUCUUAACUGCGCUAGAGCUGGAGGCCACUAGUCCCAUUCUCCCUUUCACCGUCAUUCCCAGGACACUCUGAGUGAGAAUUUGUUCCCCAAUAGUCAAUGCGCCGUGGCUGGAGAAGUGGCUUCUUCAUAAGCCAAUCACUGUACAAAGAUCAUUAUUCUGGAGGCAGACUCUUUUUGGUCUCCAAGAAUUUUGUGAAUACUAUUUGUGCUAUUAAAUGCAUUAAAAAAAAAAUAUAUAUAUAUAUAUAUAUAGGUAAGACACGUAAAUGCCACAUACUGUGACACUCUCCCGUAGGCUGCCGGGGAUCUUCUGGUGCCACUUCCAUUUGAAGGGUAAUCACUUGUCUGUUUUUGUCCUAAAAUGUAAGCAUUUAAGUAAAAAACAAAAAAAGUCUUACUACAGAUUUGUUCUAAAAUUGAAGGAAAAAUGUCAUUUCAUUUGGAAUUGGCAUCAAUUAUGAUCUGAAAUUUUAUCGAUUUGUGUGUACUUUCAAAUAUCCCCAAUACUAUUAAUAAACUCUGGCAUUACAGCGCUGAGAUCCUUCAUCCGUAACGCCUGAACUGUGUAACUGAAGACAGAAGAGCCGCAGACCUUUGUAUGUGACAUUCAGAACAAGCAACCCCAGUUGCAAGUGAGAUGUGAAGAAUUACUGCUAUGCAAAAGCUGGGAAUAAAGCGAUAAACCCAGAAGGAAAUCUUUAUGGCCGCAAGUAGGCACAGCUGUGACUCAGCCAUCAGUAAAGUUUUUAAGUCAGCCAUGAACGCUGCUGCUGCUCCAGGCGACACCGUACAACACGUGUUAGUCCAGGUUUGUGCUCACUCGUCUUUUUCUUUUCUUUGGUUUUGUUUCGUUUCUGUUUUAUUAGAGCAUUUGCUGUAUCUGUAUAUAAUGCAUACCUUAUAUGUACAUGUGUUUUGUCAGGUUCAGUUACAGGUUUUUUUGAUACAUUUGUGUAAAUCAGAAGGAUCAUAUUUGUGUUUAGUUCUGAUACCUGUCUUGUAUACUUCUCAUUGACUUAUUUUUUAAUUAAUAUUUUUGAGUAGAAGAGUCCAUGUUUUAUAUAUAUAAAUAUAUAUAUAUAUAUAUAUAUACACACAAUAAUUUAUGCUGUUACCAGUUCUUCAACUCGUUUUAGUGAACAUCCACAUAGAGGAACCUGUUACAGAUCUGAAGAGAUAUGCCAAAAAGUCGACCAACUUCUAAAUGGAUGUAUGUGUGUGUGUGUGCUGUGCUGUAGAGUCUGGUAAACCGGAUUAUACACAUGGUUUUUUAAACGGCAUUAUGUCUUAGUGAUUAUGUUUUCAGGACAGUUAGAAGAGCAUUAUUUUUUAGUAAAUUAUCUUUUACUGUGAUUUGUGUUACCAAUAUAUGUCUUUGUUAAAUCAUAUGUAUAUUAUGUUGUUUAUUACAUAUUACAUACUUGAAAAGCAAUGUUUAUAAUUUUAUCUUUUGAAAAAGAGACAUUAUUUAAAGUGAAUAUUUAAACAGGUAAUGUUGGCGACAUUCCAGAACUCUCAAACUCUGCCGAUAAAAUGGAGUUGCACCCACUUGUACUUCCAUUGACCGGAGGGGCUGUAAUGCACUUACACCCGUUUUAAUCGAAAAAAGCGCUCAGUUGUGAGGGUGUCCAGCGGAAGAAUGUAACCUGAACUUCUAUAAUAAAACGAUUGUUGUUAAC